GCUUUUGAUCACGCUGCUUCUGUGCUGACCAGUGUCCUAAUUUCGACGGAAGGCACAGCGUGAAGCUUACGUGUAAAGCCGACAAUGGCCCCGAGCGGAGAGGUGCACCUUGACUUUGCGCUGUCGGCGCUAACAAGCCUUGGCGGCAUUAUGGGCUAUGUGCGCAAGAACUCGUUGCCAUCGCUGCUGGGAGGGCUUACCUUCGGGGUGGCAUAUGGGGCAACCGCCUACAUUAUCCAGAACCAUGACGCCGUACUGGGUCACACCGUUGGCUGUGCCACGUCGGCGAUUAUGGCCACCAUGAUGGGGAUGCGCGUGGCUAAGACGAAGAAAGUUAUGCCAGCAGGCGUGGUGGCGGGUGCAGGGCUUGUGGGCCUGAUUUACCAUGCUAACAAGUACAGUCAAUGGGCGUAACUAGCCAAACGUCUACAACGGCGCGGAUGGAGGAACUCGUGGCGAGCUAGGCAGGACAGCUACCGGUACUUGUAGGCGGGGUAGGUGUCUGUGACGGCUUCUAGCUGUUGUUGUUGAAGGGAUUGAGCCCAGGGUGCAUGUAUGCUGUGGCAGCAGCGUAUAGGCGUGGCUGCCUAAGGGCUACGUUCACUGCUAGUAUGUUUAGUUCACAGUGCUCCCAGUUCGUUCAACGGGUCCCAGGUGCGUCUGCGUAUAUGGUUGUAAGUGGUUUCCUUGACAAGGAUAUUGAUGACCACGCCACAAGGCAUGUAUACUAGCAUGGAGCUCGGUAGCUACCGUUACCGGUACUACGCGCUGUUCUUGUCGGACCCUCUCCAUGGUCCGUGCGUUAUCCAAUGUAGCCGGC